UACAUUUGUGGUAUUGUUAGAGAAUUACUCGUCCAGUACUCUUAAUUUUUGUAAUAUUCAAUUAUUAAAUUAUACUUAAAGUUUAAAAUAAUUGUAUAAAGUUGAAAUGUCUCUUCUUAGUCACUGUGGACUUGGUAAUGUCGAUUACGAUCUCAAGAAAGAUGAAGUAUCCACUGGCGUAAGUUAUAUGACAUAUAUUACACAUUUUACUAAAUUUAUUUAGUUUUUGACAAUAAAUUGUAAACCUAACCAAUACAUUUUAUUUUAUUAAUCUUGUUGUAUGUGUUAGUUUAAAAAUUUCGUUUGGUGUGUUGCUUUCAGACAACUAUUAUAGCAGCUUCUUAUGAUGGUGGUGUUGUUAUUGGAGCUGACUCUCGUACAACAACUGGGUAAAUGAAAUAUUUUGUUACAAAUUAUUAAUAUUUUGGCACUUAUGUUCUAUCAUAUUAUUUAUAUUAAAUAUAUUAUUAAUCAUUUAUUAUAUUGUAGAGCCUACAUCGCUAAUAGAGUUACCGAUAAAUUGACAAAAGUGUGUGACAAUAUAUAUUGUUGUCGAUCUGGUUCAGCUGCUGAUACUCAAGCUAUCACUGAUAUUGUUGCUUACUAUAUGGAUUUAACAAGGUAAUUAAUUUACUGAUAUUUUAUUACUUAACAGCUCACAAUUGCAUUAUUUCCAUAGUAUUCAAAUGGGCGAGCCACCGCUUGUGAAGGCUGCUGCCAGUGUGUUCAGAAAUCUGAUCUAUGAAAAUAGACACCAGUUGACCGCUGGUGUCAUAGUUGCAGGUUGGGACAAACGAUUCGGCGGACAAGUAAUUAAAAACAAAUAAUAUACUAAUAUGUGAACCUUGGUAUUUAUUUAUUAUAAGUAAAAUUCCAAUGUUUAUAAUCAUAAGAUGACUUAAAUAGGUUUACGCUCAUGCACAAAAAAUUACUAAAAAUAAUUUAAAAGUUGUAAGAAUGCUUUCAUCUAAAAAGCAAAAACAAAAUAAAUGUUAAAAAAAAAUUCCUUGUUUAUAAAUUUAACUGAUUAUACUUAUCCAUGUAUAGUGUUUAUAAUGUUUAUAUAUACGGCAUAAGUUGUACCCACUUAUAAUAUAAGCAUGACAUUUUACAUUUUUACAAGAAAAUUCUGAUUACACUAUCAUAUAAAAUAUUUAAAAAAAAAAAAAAUGGAAUAAACAACAAAAUAUACAUAUACAAAACAUAAGUAUAAUAUUAGUAUUUUAAGAUAAAAAUGGUUUCAUAGUAGAAUAUAAAUCAAAUUUGUGUCUAGUUAAGCAUUAAAUUGGAAUAGUUGAGAAAAAUAUGGCAUUUCAUAAGUAUCUGAGGUCUUCAGUAUAUUGAACAUCAGUCUAUGAAACAGUUGAUAAAAUAACUUAAAUAAUUUUAUAGCUCUACUAUUGAUAAUAUUAUUGAUCUUGAUUAUAUUUAUUUUUCAUUUUGGGACCUUUUCACAUUUUGUAAGUUAAAUGUAAACUUUUUGAAAAAAACAAUUCCAAUAGUUUUAUUAAAAUGUUGUUCACAUUUUAAUUGAUUAUUAAUAAUUGUAUAAAUUAUUAUAAAUGUAUAAUAGUACAAAUAUAUAGGUACUUUUCGGUUAUCGAAACUAUCAUUGAUUUUUCUAUUGACCUUAUUUCAACUGCAUCUUGUAUUAUCACAUAGUGCAUUAUUUUUUGGUACAAGUAUAGAUUUAGUAUUUUACGCGGUCACCACAAUAGUGACUAUAAUCGUGCCAUGAUUUCAUUUGGAUGUUUGUAUUCAUUUUCUGCUGUUUUUGGUUUUUAGUAGUAUAAUCACAAGAACCGAUAACUAUUGAAAUAUAAACUCAAAACUGUAUCUAUGUAUACAAUAUUUGUGUAAUACCUAUAUUUAUUAUUAGUGUAUCUAGUCAUUAGUUUAAAAAUGAAAAUAUAUUUACUACAGGUGUAUUCAAUAACAGUGAGUGGUACCAUUGUUCAGCAAAACAUUUCCAUUGGUGGCUCUGGUAGUUCAUAUUUGUAUGGUUUUAUGGAUUCACAAUACAAAGAUGGAAUGACUCAAGAAGAAUGCGAAAAUCUUGUACUUAAUGGUAAUCUAAACAUUUGUUCUAAUCAAAUUAUUCUUAUGUAUUUAAAAAAUCUAUAUAUUUUUGUUUAGCAAUUACAUUGGCUAUUAAACGUGACGGUUCAAGCGGAGGUGUCGUUCGUAUGGGAGUAAUAAACCAUACAGGUUCUAUUCAAAGAAAGUUGUUCUUGGGAGAUAAAUUGCCUAAGUUUUAUGAUAAUGUCUUGGUGCAAAAACCAGAUAUAUCUGGAGGAGAUAAUGCUAUGGCAUAAGCUUAAUUUAAUUUUUUUAAAUAUUCAGUAAUACAUAAUUAUUUUCUAUUCUAAUAAAUUAUAAUUUUGUUCAAAACACUUUACAAAAAAAAUUAUGUAUACCAUUGAAUGCAUAAUUUAAAAUCUUCAAAUUUCUUAUUGGUGGAGAAAUAAAAAAAAUAAUCAUAUUUUUUACAUUUUUAACUGUAUUAUAAUCCUGUAAUUUUUUUCAACCAGUAGUUCACCAUUUACGACACUAUUAAAUGUUUGAUAAUUUGUAUAGGCCUAAAAAGAUAAGUUUAUCUUUAUCAAUAAAUUGUAUUGAAAGUGUCUGUUAUGAUUUGUAUCAAAAUCUGAACGUCAAACUCAUAUAAAAAAAAAAAAAUACUUACUACAGAUUUAUUAUCUUUUUUAAUAUCAUAAGAAUGAGGAACCUUUUAUUAAAUUUGUAAGUAUUUAUAUAAAGCCUAAACAAUUUUACUAUCAUUAAACCAAAACAGAAAACAAUAAUAUUUCUGAAGUUAAUGAUUGGAGCAAGUCUUCUAGUUGUGAAGUUGUUUACUGUUAAAAAAAUAAAUUUACAUCAUAGCAGACUAACAUUCCUAAUGUUUCAAAAUGUAUAAAUGCAUGAAGAAUGUUUUGUCUUCUCUAAAUUGCUUUACGUAUUCAAUUUUAUACGUAUGUGCUAAAUCAAUGUUUCUCAACCGGGAGACACUCAUAAUUAUUUAGGGUCGCUAAAAAUAUUAAAUAUUGGAUUGAUGUGUAUAAAAUAUAUAUUUAAAGGUCGCUAAAAAAUUGAAUAUUCAUUUAGGGGAUCACAAUAGUAAAAAGGUUGAAUUGAAUUUUAUUCUUACUCAUGCCCAGACGUUUUAAUAUGAAUUGAACUCAAAAAUUAAUAAUUAUUGUAUGAAUAUGAACUCAUAGUCAAUUUACUUUGUAUUAUUCAUUAUAUCAGGGUAAACCACUAAUAUGAAUAUUGACUGCCA